AGAUUCUUCCAGAAAUCGUUGGAACUUAGAAGAACAGACAGAGAGUGCGUUUAGUGUGUACUAUAUAGAAAUAUAUAUAUAUAGAGAGAGAGAGAGAGUGAGGUAGAGAGAGAAAGAGAUAUGUCAGGAGAGGGAAGGAGAACGAUCAGGCUCUACUGCCCAUUUCUCUCAAAGUCGGUGCCAUUCGUGGCUUGGGAAGAGCAGAGACUCGACCUUGGUUCCAUAGCCCGGACCUUUGGUGUGGACCCUUGGACGUUGAAGCUCAACGGCCACUUCGUGAGCAGGGGGGUCGAUCUCGUCGCCUCAUCGGUCACUUGGAAAUCGCUUCUCUCCUUCUUCUCUGCUCGAGGUCUGUCCACCGGAACCGCCGACGCCGACGCCCUCAUCGUCGACGGCAAGCCCUCCAAGCUCCGAACCAAGCGUUUGCAUGCUGAUGUUGAAAAUGGGAUCCCGAGUUCGAUUGUUCACAAGAAUAUUAGUAUCAAUGGGAAGCCACAGCUUGAAGAUACUGACUUGCGUAAGAGGAGAAAGUUAAGAGAAAGCCACUCUGGAUAUGAAGAUCAGACCAAUCAAACUACAAAAUGUGAUGGACCCAGGCCAUUCAGCUUGAAGAGAAAGCAAUGUUUGGAAGAUAUCAGUCCACUGAAGAGGUUAAGAGAGAAUGAGCCUCGCUCAGGUACAUUUCCGGAAGGUCUUCAAGGGAGAGAGUGACCUAUGCUGUACCAUUCCAAACACCAAAUUUCCAUGCAGUUACGCGAGUAAACAUUUGAAACGGAUGAGAGAAGAUGACAUGGUUGUCACUGCUGCUAGUAAAAAGGACUAGAUGAGACCUCUGUACUUUUCUUUUCUUUGCCUUUGUUCUGUCAAUUUCAGAUAGAAUAUGCCAACGCUGUAAAUAACCGAAAUGUGAAUGAGCGUACAGAUAUGUAAAAGUUUUCUGCAGUCUGUGAUGUAAUGCUAGAUUUAGAUGCCAAAGAAAAGAAAAAAGGUGAAUCCCAGACUUUGCAGUAUUUGAAGCUGUUGAGCUAUAAUUUUUGGUGCUCCUUGCAUGUCGCGUCUAGGAAUAACCUUUGUAUAAUCCAAAUUCACGUUUUGGAAGUUCUUUUUCAAAAUAAUAAGAAAUAGUUAUUCAUUUUGGCUUA